GUGAAAGUUGUCUCCGCUUGGCAAAGCGGGGGGCUCGGGGCUUGCUAGUUUCCACCGCCGCUGCUUCACACGCUUUCUCCCGGAGAGAUGAGGCGGAAGGAGAAGAGGCUGCUGCAGUUCGCCGGGCUGCUCAUAGCGGCUCUUCUUUUUCUCCCAAACGUCGGGCUUUGGUCUUUGUACAGGGACCGAGUCUUCGACAACUCGCCCGACACAGUGGAAGGACCAGGCGGCAUCCCCCCGGUACAGGGUGUUAACCGGUUGGGGAAGGAUGCUCAGGUGGGACGCAACGGCGUGCGGAGGAAAGAUUGGCACAACUAUGAAGCAAUCAAAAGAGAUGCCUCUCGAUCUGGUAACGGUGAACAGGGGAAACCAUUCCCCCUGACAGAUGCUGACCGGGUCGACCAGGCCUACAGGGAGAAUGGCUUCAACAUUUAUGUCAGCGACCGGAUCUCCCUCAAUCGCUCCCUCCCGGACAUCCGCCAUCCAAACUGUAAACAGAAGCUGUACGCAGAGAAGCUGCCCAACACCAGCAUCAUCAUCCCGUUUCAUAACGAGGGCUGGUCGUCGCUGCUGAGGACCGUCCACAGCGUGCUCAACCGCUCUCCUCCACAGCUCAUCGCAGAGGUCAUUCUGGUCGACGACUUCAGCGAUAAAGAGCACCUAAAGGUUGCACUAGAGGAGUACAUGACGCGGUUGCCAAAGGUUCGCAUCCUGAGGACCAAGAAGCGGGAAGGGCUGAUCAGGACUCGCCUGCUUGGAGCUGCUGCGGCUAAAGGAGAAGUCAUCACCUUCCUUGACUCCCACUGUGAGGCCAACGUCAACUGGCUGCCUCCACUGCUGGACCGGAUCGCGCAGAAUAGGAAGACUAUUGUGUGUCCGAUGAUUGACGUGAUUGACCACGACAACUUUGGUUAUGAGACGCAGGCUGGGGACGCGAUGCGAGGGGCAUUUGACUGGGAAAUGUACUACAAACGGAUACCCAUCCCUCCAGAGCUGCAGAAGGAUGACCCCAGUGAACCCUUUGAGUCACCAGUUAUGGCCGGUGGACUGUUUGCUGUGGACAGGAAGUGGUUCUGGGAGCUGGGAGGAUAUGAUACGGGUCUGGAGAUCUGGGGAGGAGAACAGUAUGAGAUCUCCUUCAAGGUGUGGAUGUGUGGUGGUCGGAUGGAGGACAUCCCUUGCUCCAGGGUAGGACACAUCUAUAGGAAGUACGUCCCCUACAAAGUUCCGGGUGGGGUCAGCCUGGCCAGGAACCUGAAGCGUGUUGCAGAGGUGUGGAUGGACGAGUAUGCAGAGUACAUCUACCAGCGUCGGCCUGAGUACCGCCACCUGUCAGCGGGGGACAUGACGUUGCAGAAGGAGCUGAGGAACCGCCUCAACUGCAUGAACUUUAAGUGGUUUAUGAGCAAGGUGGCCUGGGAUUUGCCAAAACACUACCCACCAGUGGAGCCUCCUGCUGCUGCAUGGGGAGAGAUCCGCAACAUGGGCAGCGGCAUGUGUAUGGAGAGUAAACACUUUGUAUCGGGGAGUCCCAUCCGACUGGAGAGCUGUGUAAAGGGUCGGGGUGAGGUGAGCUGGAGCCAUGGACAGGUGUUCACAUUUGGCUGGAGAGAGGACAUCCGAGUGGGCGACCCCAUGCACACUAAAAAAGUCUGUUUCGACGCCGUGUCCCACAACAGCCCUGUCACCCUGUACGACUGUCAUGGCAUGAAGGGCAACCAGCUGUGGCGUUACAGAAAGGAUAAAAGUCUGUAUCACUCUGUCAGUAACAGCUGUAUUGACUGCAACGCGAACGAGCGGCGUAUCUUCAUGAACACGUGUGACCCAUCCUCCCCGAGCCAGCAGUGGCUGUUUGAGAGAACCAACGCCACUGUACUAGAACAGUUUAACCGGGGCGCCCACUGAGGCCCUGCGGCAUCCGCAAAAAAAAGACUCCUGACGCAUGCAGACAUGGAUCUGCCUUUGCUGCUGCUGUGAAAUGGGGUUUUGCAUUUACUCUGGUUCCCCAUUUACCUGACACUGAUGUGACAGCUGUUUCUCUUUAAGGUGCUCAGACAGAGGCAGGACGGAAUACCGAGGGGGAAGUUGGUUAAACACAUCAGUGAGAGAGAAGACAGAGUUGAGCUGUGACUGAUGGGUUUGUGUUUCAAAGUGAUUUUGUGUGUGAGAUGUAUUUGUUUAGUCAUGGCGUCGCUGUGGCGGUGGAUGUGUCUCACUUUCUGGUUUUGCUGUUGAUUGGUUAUUCGACAUUCCAGUCCUCUUUUCUCACUUCUUUUGCCAAUUUUUUUUUCUGCCUUUAUCUUUUGCCUUUCUUUCCCUCCACUGCUACCUCACAGUUUUUUUCUCUACUCCCUCUCUCUAUCUACCUUGAUCCUCUGUCUCCAUUUCUUUCCCUCUUCCAUCUCUCCUGAUCCACCUCUGCUUGCACGUCCAUCUCUAUCUGCCUGCAUGACUGCACCUUUGCCCACCUUCUCCAUUCUCCCUCUCAAAUCCCCUUAUGUCUCUCCAGCUCUGACAAGCUCCCUGGAGGGGGGUGCUCCUGCUGAGCCAAAGUCAUCCUGACACCUGGGUGAAGCCAGGCAGAACCACUCUGAAAAUCACCUGGUGAAUUGAUUCUCCUUUACAACCCUCAUCCACCCUCUGUUCCCUCCCUCAUUCUUCCCUGGUGUCUCCUGCCCCCCUCGGCUUGUAUUUUCUCCUGGUCUGCUCUCCUUCUCUCUGUGGCCAAUGUGGGCAGAGCUGCUUUGAAGUUAGCAAGUGGAAGCUGACAAAGAAAGUGUAAGGGGGAGAGUGGGUCACAUCUCUAAUGCCUUUCGCUCUUUUUUCGUCUUUUCUGUACUUUCUUCGCUGUAUUUAUCAAUGAGUUGUCCGCGGGUUUGUCACUGUGCCACAUUCUUCUUUUAUUCCUCAGAGGCGAGCACUAUCCAAAGCCAGGGUUUGUGAGGGCCAGCUCUUGCUGGCUAAGGGCUUGUUUGUUGUUUACGGUGGUGAUAGUGGGGCGGGGGCGGCUGUCACACCUCUUAGACCCCCCUCCCUCUUUUUUUUCUGUUCUGUGCACCCUCUGCUGCUCCCCACCCGACUCUGGUGAUAAGUCGCCGUAACGACCCUGUCACAGACUACCGAGUGCUGGGUCACGACGCAGCAGGCAGGACUGCAAACGGACGCCUGCCUGGCCGGGUGACUAGCUAUGUGACUGGCAGGCCAGCUGAUUCACAGCAGGGCCGCCUGAUUGGCCGGCUGCCGAGCUGACACAUCACUUUAGUGUACAGUGUGAGCAGGAGAGACGAAUGGGAGAAUUACUGUGGAUAGGCUCGCUGAGGUAGCUCUGGGAUUGAGAUGAAUGUGGGUUUAAAAUGCAUAAAGCACUUGUGUAAUGAUAAACUUGAAUGAAAUCUUUGUGCCUUGUUGGAAGAGGACUAGAAGUAGGUGUGUGUAUUUUCAGUGUGUGUGUGUGUGUGUGUGUGUGUGUGUCUGUCUGUCUGUGGUCCAAAAUGUCUACAUCAGCAUAGGGGACAAUUCAUCUUUUCAUCAAAAAAGAAUGUCAUUUGAAAUUGAAGAUGAAUUGACCUUGACUUUGGUGCAGGACAUUGAAGGCACCACUGGCUUUGUGACUCCUAUGGCUUUUAAAACACACAUAUAAUUGCUGGCUGUGAAUAGAGCUAAAGAGAUUUUUUUUUUUUUUGUCACCAUAUUUUCCUCCUGCCUUGAAAACUUAACUAUAGCCCUAAGAGGACCUCUGUUCUAUUUUAACGACAUGAUGCUGUGUUGUUUUUCCCUCCUGUUCAAUCCAAAGUACUUUUUAGGAAAGGGAAAUGUUGUUUGCCACAUUUUUGAUUCCUGUUUGAAUUUAUUUCUGUUUGUAACAAAAUAUUCUUUUAUCGUUUGUUUUGAUCCUGUGGUUGAAAUGACGGUAAUUUAGUUUCCUGCUCAACGUGAUGUUAUGGUCUGUCGCCUGCACCCAUUCUCUAAUCCAAUUUUGUGAAGCAGAACAAUGUACAGUACAGUGUGUGCCAUUUUAAUCAUAACUUCCAGAUAGUCGUGAAUCUACACAGAGUUUAAUGCAUCUGGCCCCAGAAGUUUUAUUUGAAAGCCACAAUGUGAAUAGAAAGGCAGUUAACAGUAUACGUUUAACUUCAAAUGUUUUAAAGACUAAUUCUAAAUUUGCAUCAUGCAUGUCUUUAAUCUUUGUUUUGGCCAAACAAAUCUCUCAAUGACCAAUUUAUUCAGUGUAAGAUUAAUAUAGUUUUAGAAUAAUUUAAUGUACCUGUCUUACUCUGUGAAAAAAAUCCUGACUUUGCAUUUCUGAUAGAAUAACAGAGUUUUAAAUUUAGUUCAUGAUUUCUGUGUCCUUUCUUCCUCUGACCUUCUAGCUACACGCCUGGGUAACUUGUACAUUGUCAGAUUGUUAAGAGGUGAGUGUGAAUUUCCGCUUCAGACCACUGAGACACUGCUGUAGCCAAGUUUCCACUACAGGACCAAACUGAACACCCAUAUGACCUUUUUACACCCUGAUUCUUCUAACAUUUCCUACACUUCUUUUCUUUGUCCUUUUUAAAACACUGUUAUCUGGGUGAUGUGUCAAAGUCCUGUUCGGAUCAGUAGUGCAAUCUGAGCUAUUCAAUCACAUGACUUUAUUGUGAAGGACUGUUAUGGCUGUUUAAUGCGAGCACUGUAUUUGUAGACAAAAUUGUGUCAAAGGUGAAAUACGCAAGGCAACAUUUUGGGCUGAAAUGAGACACCUGGUGAAAGGUUCUUUUUGUUUAAGUGUAGGACCUCUUGAGAGAUGAAGACAUCUUUGAAGUCUUUCCUUUUUUUCCCCCCAAAUCUACCCUGCAGAGCAGUUUGCUUAUAUCUGUUUUUUCUCGAGCUACCUUAGCCCAUCGCACAGUGUAGCCAGUGUUUUAGAAAAUAACUUAACAGAAACUCGAUUUCUUUGAGCUAAAGCUUCAAUAAAACGGAUUGUGGAUUCUUAACAUUGUGACCGUCACUGCCCACAUACUUCCAUGUAUCCUUUCUGUUGGCAUAGAUACAUCAUAUAGAGGGCACUAGAUGAUCAAGUCUUUAACAAACAAACAUGGCGAUGGUGGAAGAGGUCGUAAUAAUGUUCCUUUUAACACUGGCAGCAUUGUAGACAUGGUGGACUGUGAGGCCAUCAAAUACAUCAAGACAUGCGGAUGGACAAUCACUUUUCUACCAAUUUGUCCCAUUUUGCAAAUCUUAAAACAUCUUUAUUAAGUCAUACACGCUUGAACUAGGCUACACUGCGAUUGUACUGCUCCAUUUUAUCCAUGUCUGAAAGCUGUCAGAAGGUGUGAACAAAUGCGGAUAAAAUGAAUGUACAGUGCAGACAGAAAGCUCCGUCCACAUAAGUAUUUAACCCUGAGCAUUAAAUGGGCCAUUACACACACCAUAGUGAGCAGCCAAAAAACAGUAACAAUGGCAAUUUAGGUAAAAUAUUUCUGAUUUUAAACCUCUGCCAACAUGCUUUCUUGUCAAGUACUUUUUUUCUGAAACAGGAUGCUUUUGCAGUUGUAUUGGAAGCAGCUCAACUGAGCAUUUUAGCCCCCUUUACCUCAGUUAUGGCACAUUUACUGAUAAAUUCAGUCUCACCUCCAGCAGCAACAGGCGACUGUUUUCCCUUGAUAUGAUCUGAUAAACCCACUGUAUACAACCAACGUAGUGCCAAAGAGCAGACAGUCAAAUCAGUGACUAGCUAGUGAAAACAGAGGUAAAUUAGCAGCCAAAAACAUUUCUUUUUCUGUUUUUUGACACAGAGUGGCCCACAGAUAUCAAUGCAACCUCUAUUAAUGUAGCUUUAAGCAGAGGCUCUAUAAGUUUUUAUUUGUUUAUUUUUUUUUUUUUUUACAACACAACACAACCUCUAGUUUAAAACCAACACUCCCGGCUUUUUGACAAUACCGCUACUUUGGUAGUUAUGUAGUUACACAGUCCUCCGCAUCUCUGGUUGGUGUAAAGUAAGUGUAGCUCUCCUUCUUCUAGUCUAAUCAAGAAACAACAACGCCCUUCUGUUUGAAUUAACAAAAGCCAAUGAUGAUGAUCAUGAACUGCUCUGUGGGUCAGAUCAAGGGGAUUUCAAGCAAAUGAGAUUAUGUCUUUAUUAAAAUCUGUAACAGUACCAUUUUAUACACAAAGUCCCUCCCGAAAGCAAUUAUUUACAGGACCAUUGAACUUUCAAUCAAUUUUCAGUGCAAAACUACAGCUUAAAGGAUCUAAGAAAAUUAGUUGUAAGUAUUGCCCAAGAUGUUGCUAACUGUACCCCUUAAACUAAAGAUUGUUAAUUGUGAGAAGCUGUGUUUUUUGUUUUUUUUUGCUUAUCACAAUGCAUCAUACCUUUCCAUUGCACAUGGUGGUGUUAACAUAGACUUUAUUCCAUAACAUGUCCACUGUGGUAAAGCAUUGAAAUCUCUUGUAGCUGUGUAUCAACUACAUGAAAGUCUCUUUGAAAACCAUUCAAAAGCGAAAAGUAUAGGUUGAGUAUUGCAUUUACAAUACUUUCCCACAGAUUAUGGAGUAAGGCCAUGGUAAACAUGCUGCCAUUUUUUGUUGUGAUAUCAAAAUACUUUUUAUUUAAGUGGUGUAUUUCCAGAGUAAAAUUUGGUAAGCAGUGUAAAGAAAUAUUAUUUUAUAAUAGCAAAGGUUUUUAAUGUCAGCGGCCACCAUUGGCCAGUCACACCAUGUUGUCUACAUGUAUAUGAAUAAUGGUGUGUAGGGAAGUGUACAUUUUGUAUCUCAUAAAGAAUAUCCGAUAUUUUUUUCUACUGACAUUGCAACUGUAAAAGUGUAUUUAGAUAUUUAACAAACUGUACAAUUAAACUGGAAUUGUAUGAUAUUUUUGCUGAGAUUGUAAAAUAAAAAAAGCUUUCUAUAUUUGGAUGAAAAA